AGUAGCUGCUUCGGCUUGUGCUCCGGCCUCGGCCGCCACAAAGAAAAGCCUGGCGGGUCCGCACCAGCCCCCGCCCGGCGUUCCUCUUCCAUGAGGGGGGCGCUCACCCAGCCGGUGGGCGCAGCCGCUGCCCGGUUGCUGCUUCUCCUCCUGGGCCCUGCGGCGACGGCAGCAGCCGCGGACUCGAGCGCCGUCUGGCAGGCAGAGUUGACCGCCGGCGGCGAGGUGAAGGCAGGCCUCGCUGGCGCAGUUCUGGGCGACGGGGGCGAGGUCGAGAUCGGCCCCAACGGAGCAGCGCAUGCGGCAGCGCCGGGCCGUCCGUCUGCUGGCGAGGCCGAGAUGCUGCACGGGAGCGUGACGGGGACCGUCUCGCAGGCCGUGAACGGCUCCGUGCCCUCGGGGAGUAUCAAGAUCGGAACUCCGCCCGUGGUGAUGCAGGUGAUCUUCGACACUGGCAGCUCCAGGUUUGUGGCAAAGACGUGGAGGACCGUCAAGCGGGAGCUCGAGGUCGUCGACGGCGGCGCCGCCGAGAACGUGAAGCCGACGGGCAACAUGUACGACCACGGCAAGUCGACGUCUUACGUGCGGGAGUUCAUGAAGAAGGGUGACAAGAGGUUGCCGAGGCAAGGCUACAUCGCGUACGGCAGCGGCAAGGCCGUCACCGAGGAGGGGAAGGACACCAUCCGCGCAGGCGGCCGCAAGCUCACGGGCUUCCCGCUCUCCGAGAUCCUGCAGGACUCGCUGGCGGUGCUGCACAAGAAGGGCGGCGCCGAGGGCGUCUUUGGGCUGCAGCACAUGCGGGACAGGAGCCACGGGGAGUCCUUCUUCUCGGCCUGCCGCGACCACGGCCUCAUGACCGCGUUCGGCUACUGCCGGGGCAAGAGGGACACGGGGACCGUCCUGUGGGGGGACAAUGCGACCGACGGGACGGCGAUCCCAGUCCUGGGCAAGAUCCACUGGGCGAUAAACCUCAGCCGCGUCGAGAUGGCGAUCCACCACAGCAACAAGGGCUCCGCGGCCAGCCACCGCUCCAAGGCUGCCGAGCACGCGAAGCACAGGGCCGUCUCGAAGCACGGGGGCAAGAUGCCGGUGCUCAGCCAGAAAGGCGUGCGCGCCCUUCUCUCGCAGCGGGGCGAGCUCGCAGAGUUUGUGCGGGCCAAGUACUCCGGAGACGGCGCCGUGCUCGCCGAAGGCACGGGCGGCGACGGGGCUCGCUGGAACGAGACGUUCAGUCAUUCAUCCGUCGCCUCGCCGCUCGACGACCAGACCUCGCAGAGCAAGAGCAUGGGCUGGGUGCGGGCGUCUGGCGAAGGGCUGGCGGAUGAGCAGCUGCUCGGCAGCGGCCGGGCUUCGAAGCCAGGCAGCCUCAAGUUCUGCGAUCAGGGGAAGUGCACGGCCAUCAUCGACACCGGCUCGAACAUCAUCGCUGGGCCGAUGAAGAUGAUCCGCAAGAUCUCGAAGAUGCUGAACGUGAAGAUGGACUGCUCCAACCUGCAGGACCUGCCUCCCAUGAAGCUGCACUUCGGUACGUUCGAGGCGACCAUCCCCGCCGCGGCGUACACCAUGAGGGUGUCAAUGCCGUCGUGGGCGAAGAAGAUCCACGGGCGCACCGGCAGCAGCGGCAGCACCCGCGCCGCGCCGCGGCGACCGGCGGCGAAGUUGGAGCAGGAGGUCGCGGGCGCCUCCCUCGAGGACGCCUCGGACGGCGUCUGGGCCGGGGCCGGCGCCUGGGGCAGGGUGUUCCAGGACCUGCACGAGAGGCGCGGCAUCGACCUCGGGCCGCACUUCCACGGCGUGAACCUGAGCCAUCUCCUGUCGAUGUCCGAGCUGUGCAUCCCCGCGCUCGUGCCCAUGGACAAGGAGACCCCGCUGGGGGCCCUGUGGGUCGUCGGCACGCCCCUCUUCGAGGGCUACUACACCCGCUGGUCCUGGCCGAAGCACCAGAGCCACCCGACGAUCUACAUGAAGGAGCUGGCAAAGGCCAGCGCCUGCGGGGCGGCGAAGGCGCCCGCCCGCCACGCGAAGACGGACCUGGCGGCGGCUCCGGCGGGUACUGCCGCCCCGCGCGGCGCCGGGCGGGCCGCGCUCAUGCGCUCGGAGGCGCGGAGGCCGGCGGCGCCGCGGGGUGCGCUGGCGGAGGCGAUGGCGGGCGAUGACCUCGGCGACGACUCUGCCCAGCCGCGGCGGGUCGAGGUCGACGACCUCCGGUUUCCCCACUGGGCGAGGUACCUCGACGAGCCCUGAGGGGAGGCCGCGGCGUGGUCGCGCGAAGCGAAGGAGAACAAACUUGCAGAAGCAAAG